CAAAGUUCUUCGUGCUUCAAUAAGGAGUUUAUUAUGAAAUUACAUGAAGUAGAAAAAUGCGCACCCAGCAGUGAUUGGAAUGUGCUUUACUGGGUGCUUGGUAGCAUUCUAAUGCCGGUAGCAUUGCCUUUGGCAAUAAUCAACUUGUGGCAACGCUUUCGCGCUCAGAAAUACCGCAACCAGUUACCCGGCAAGGUUGUUCUUAUAACGGGCGCCAGCUCUGGUCUGGGCGAGUCCCUUGCACAUGUCUUCUAUAGAGCAGGCUGUAAGGUAAUCUUGGCUGCUCGUCGAGUCCAGGAGCUGGAACGCGUAAAGUCGGAUCUACUGGCGUUGGACGUGGAUCCCGCAUAUCCGCCCACUGUUCUGGCUUUGGAUCUGGCCGAACUAAAUUCGAUACCAGAUUUCGUUAGUCGCGCCUUGGCGGUGUACAACCAAGUCGAUAUCCUGAUUAACAAUGGUGGCAUCAGCGUGCGUGCCGAUGUUGCCUCAACAUCUUUCGAUGUCGAUCUUAAGGUCAUGGUUGUUAAUUACUUUGGAACUGUGGCGUUAACAAAAGCGCUUUUGCCGUCAAUGGUAAAACGUCAAAGUGGUCAUAUAUGCUUCAUUAGCUCUGUGCAAGGAAAGUUUGCGAUACCCCAACGUGCAGCCUAUUCGGCCUCCAAGCAUGCACUGCAGGCGUUCGCCGAUUCUCUGCGUGCUGAGGUGGCCAAUAAAAAGAUGUACGUCUCCUGCGUCAGUCCUGGCUACAUACGCACACAGCUCUCGAUGAACGCCUUGACCGGAGCAGGCAGCAGCUACGGCAAAAUGGACGAAACUACGGCCAAAGGCAUGUCGCCCGAUAAGUUGGCCGAGCGCAUUUUACAAUGCGUCAUGCGUAAGGAACCCGACAUUAUUGUCAGCGAUCUUCAGGCAAAAAUCGCCUACUAUUUGCGUCAUUUCUUACCAUCCGUCUAUUUUUGGAUCAUGGCGAAACGUGCCUUAAAAUUGGAGAAGGCGGAGAAAAAAGCUAAAUAAAAACAUGUGUUGCUUUUGUGUAA